AUGAUCUAUCUAUCUAUCUAUUUGUCUAUCUGUCAUUCGUCCUCUCUCCUUCUUUUUAAACUUACUCUUUUCAUUCUUCUAAUGUCUUUAUUAAUUUCUUCCUCGUUUUUUUUCUUAUUCCACAAUCUUUUUUUCUAUUUCCCUUUUCUUAUUUCUCAUUCUUUUACUUUGUCUCCUUUAUAUCUUUCCUUUCUUUUUCUUUGUCUUUGUAGGUUUUACUUUUUACUUUCUUCCUCUUUCGUUUCCUUUCUUUCCUUUUUUCUUCUUUUAACUGACGCAUUAUCGACCUCAUUCUCUUUCUUUCCUUCUUUCUUUCUUUCUUUUUUAUUUAUUUCACUCUUAUCAUUUUUACUUUUUGUAUUGACUUUUACCUUCCCUGAUUUUUUAAUUAAAUUCUUUCUUUCUUUUUCUUUCUUUCUUUUCUUUUCUUUUCUUUUCUUUCUUUUUUUCUUUACCGUUAUCAAAUUGGUAACUUCGUUUUCUCCACCAUUCUUUUUCAUCAAUUUUCUUGUCUUUCUUUCUUUCUUUCUUUCUUUCUUUCUUUCUUUCUUUCUUUCUUUCUUUCUUAAUAUUUUCUUGAUAAAAUAUGCUUUUGUGGCUUCCUCUUCUUUCUUUCUUUCUUUCUUUCUUUCUUUCCUUCUUUCUUUCUUUCUUUCUUAUUUUUCCCUCUCACAUAUACUUUUAUCUCCCCAACUUUUUUACAUAAUUUUUCUUUCUUUUUUUCUUUCUUUCUGUUACCUUUUCAAUAUACCUAUUUCUCGCCUCAUUUUCCGCCUUUUUACAUCCUUCAUUUUCUUGACCUACCAUUUUUCUUCGUUUUCUGCUUCAACCCUGCAUGUCAACCUCGCCCGACUGGUCUUCCUUUCUUGCCUCCACCCGUGUCUCCUCCGUUCCUUCGUAUAUCGUCGAUUGUCAGAAAAACAAUUCGUUCAUACACAAACACGCAUUCUUUUUAUUUUUUUUUCCUCUCAUUCUCUCUAUUACUCUUACUCACUUCAUCUCUCUUCUUUUCUCUCUUUACCUUUCUCACUCACACUCUUUCUUUCAUUUGUAAUUCCUCUCUCAUUCUCAAUAACUCACUCUCCUCCUCCUUUCUCUUUUAGUUUUUUAUCGCUUUCUCUCUGUGACUAUUACUCAGUCUCACAUCUAAUCCACUCUCACUCCCUACCGCCAUAUCUCUCUGUUUAUCUCUCUCUCUCUCUCUCUUUCAAUCUCACCUACUCUAAGUUUCUCUCUCACACUAAAUUCCUAUUUAUCUUUUUCUCUCCUACAUUCUUUCUCUCUCUUUCUCUCUUUCACUCUCAGUAUAAACGUUCCCUGCCUCCUUCCUCUUUUACUCACUUUCCCUUUCUCUCACCCACUCUAACAUUCAUUAACACACACUAUUUCUCCUUCUCAUUUACUUACCCUCUACCUCACUCGCUUUUCAUCCCUUAA